GUGCACUCCUAUGACGGAGGAGCUUUUAAAAGCAAAGGACAGUACGACAUCAAGAAUUCGUUGGUUCCACUUCUUGAACCGUUUCAUUGCUCUUCAAGCGGAACAAAGUUCAACCUCAUUCUGAAGUGUUCUGAUGAUUUCACGCUGACCCACUUCUACGUGAGUGGCCCGGGUCCGCGAUGCACCGAGCCUGUCAAGAGCGGACUUGUUUGGGUGCUGGAGCAAGCGCCAGACGUCGAGCGCCUGAAGAAGUACGACUCCAUGUGCGCAGAGGAGCUGCUGGAGAUCGUGAAAGGUGCACACUUCGGGGUGGUGAAGUUCCUGGACACACACAAAGAUCAGGGCAAUAUCGAUGUCGGUAUCGUGGGGAUGAUCGGAUACUUCGGCAGGCACGCCAAAAAGCAGAUUCCCUUGGGGCCGUGGAUGAAGCGGUCAGUUCGCCAAGUGUGGGUCCACCCCAAUGAGCUAAAGAGUAUGUUCUCUUCCAGUGGUUGGGUGUGUGACGGGCGUGACUUCACUGGCGGGUGCCGUAGUGGCCAAACAGAUUUUCAUCAAACGAACGUCUACACCGUCACGUUUCGAUGCGCCACUAGUGGUUUCGACCUCUGCGAGAAGUGUGCCCAUGCCGACGUCUUAGAUCCUAGCUCCCAUCUACAUGCCCAAGGGACGUGA